AUGCCUGAACCAAACAUCUCAUACCGUUGUUGGGGUUUCCAGACCGAUGGAUCACAUAGUCAGCAGGUGACUUCCAUGCAUGAAGGAGUCAUUCGGGAUCGACCUGCAUUGCCAGCACCAUCAGAACACCACAGCCUUGUCAUACAUCAACCAUGUUUCACUGCCUACUGCAUACGAGCUCGAGACGCUCGCUCACCUAGAAGAAGACGAGGAAUCGCCAAGGUUCCUCUUCUAUUCGGUGUGCAGGGCAGUAUUACUAGGAUGUUGUCCAAGGACUUGAUUGUGAUAUGUUUUGGUAUAGUGAAUCGAGUUGUGACUAUCUCGUGCUUAUUACGAAGCAAUGCUGAACCACGAGAUGUCGACUUUGGGGCGCGGAGUAUGUGUUCCUUCUUGUCAAUAUCAGUCGGCCGAGAAGGGCACGACUAG